ACCAGUGAAUGGUUAGCAAGGGUUGGAAAUCCCGAAGGACCAGCAUCUUCUUCCCAGGCAGGAGCUGCCCCUCCCCCCACCUCAGUUACACCAGGGCUCACUGGGGAGAGGGCUGGGUGAUUCACGCCAGCUCCCUGCUGGAGAAAGCUACGAGCUUCCCACCACCGAUACCAUAUCCUCCACCCACCCACUGCCCGCAGGAUAGCGAGCUCGGAGUGAUGGAGGCCUCCUGGCUGGAGACUCGCUGGGCGCGGCCCUUGCACCUGGCUUUGGUGUUCUGCCUGGCGCUGGUACUGAUGCAGGCCAUGAAGCUCUACCUGCGGAGACAGCGGCUGCUGCGCGACCUGCGCCCUUUCUCCGGGCCUCCCGCCCACUGGCUCCUGGGACACCAGAAGUUUCUUCAAGAGGAUAAUAUGGAGACACUUGAUGAGAUUGUCAAAAGGUACCCUUGUGCCUUCCCCUGCUGGAUAGGGCCCUUCUGGGCAUUUUUCUACAUCUAUGACCCAGACUAUGCAAAGAUAUUUCUGAGCAGAACAGACCCAAAGACCCAGUAUCUGCACCAGCUCAUGACUCCGUGCAUUGGAAGAGGACUCCUGAAUUUAGAUGGGCCCAGGUGGUUUCAACACCGCUGCCUCCUAACUCCUGCAUUUCAUCAGGACAUCCUGAAACCAUGUGUGGACAUGAUGGCCCACUCUGUGAACGUGAUGCUGGAUAAAUUGGAGAAGAUGUGGACCACUCAGGAAACAACCAUCGAGGUUUUUGAACACAUCAACUUGAUGACCCUGGACAUAAUAACGAAAUGUGCUUUUGGCCAGGAAACCAACUGCCAGAUAAACGGCACCUACGAGUCUUAUGUGAAGGCAACAUUUGAACUUGGUGAAAUCAUAUCUUCUCGCUUGUACAAUUUCUGGCAUCAUCAUGACAUAAUUUUCAAACUCAGUCCUAAGGGCCACUGCUUCCAGGAGUUAGGCAAAGUGAUACAUCAAUGUACAGAAAAGAUAAUCCAGGACAGAAAGAAAAUCCUCAAGAAUCAAGUAAAACAGGAUGACACUCAAAAGUCUCAAAAUUUUCUGGAUAUUGUUCUUUCUGCCCAGGCUGAAGAUGAGAGAGCCUUCUCAGAUGCUGACCUUCGGUCUGAGGUGAACACUUUCAUGUGGGCAGGACAUGACGCCUCUGCAGCUAGCAUCGCCUGGCUCCUCUACUGCCUGGCUCUCAACCCUGAGCAUCAAGACAAAUGCCGGACAGAGAUCAGGAGCAUCCUGGGAGAUGGGUCUUCCGUCACCUGGGAACAGCUGGAUUCGAUGUCAUACACCACAAUGUGCAUCAAGGAGACACUGCGCUUGAUCCCUCCCAUCCCAGCCAUCUCCAGGGAACUCAGCAAACCCCUUACCUUCCCAGAUGGACACUCGCUGCCUGCAGGAAUGACUGUGGUUCUUAGUAUUUGGGGUCUCCACCACAACCCUGCUGUCUGGAAAGACCCAAAGGUCUUUGACCCCUUGAGAUUCACUAAGGAGAAUUCUGAUCAGAGACAUCCCUGUGCCUUCCUACCGUUCUCCAGUGGUCCAAGGAACUGCAUUGGGCAGCAGUUUGCCUUGCUGGAGCUAAAGGUGGCCAUUGCCUUGAUUCUGCUCCGUUUCCAAGUAGCUCCAGAUCUCACCAGGCCUCCAGCCUUCUCCAGCCACACUGUCCUCAGACCCAAGCAUGGAAUCUAUUUGCACCUGAAGAAACUCUAAAUGUUAGAUACUAGGGGAAAUGACUAAAUUUCUGUUUGUUGUUAAGUUAGCUUUUUAGCCAAUGGUCCAGGCAAAUGGAGAAGAAUCUAAGACUGGUGGAAGAGUUGCAGGACUGCGGGUUGAGACAUUUCUACAGCUGUACGUUAGCCAAAGAUAUUUUCAGGUAGCACAUGUGACCAUGGAUAUGUAUAACUUGGGGAGAUUGACAAAUUAUUUUCUAAGAUUAUUACCAAGCUUAUCUGAAGUGAGAAUUUCUGAGUUCACUGGAGAUGCAGGUAUACCAUGUGAUGUCUUUCUGGAAGCUAUCUUAUGAGAGGUUGUUUUGCUGAUGGCAGACACAUGAAAGGAUGUUUCACUGAGAACAGACACAUUGUGUUUGAGAGGAUACCUGAUGUUUGGCAAGAGUAAAAGUGCAACCCAACAGCGGACACGCGCUGGCAUUGGUUCACCUUGCUUUCUUCACUGACCUUCACUUGUCCUGACUCCAUAGAGAGAAACUCACCAGCUGCUUCUUAUCACUCCAGUGGACUCCUGCCAGUUUCUUCUGGAUCAAGCUGCUGCUGAUUUGUGUGUAGUCUUUUGCUAGUGGACUGGACUGCUGACAAUGAAGAUUGGAAUCACCUCAAAGAACUACUUCUAAAUAGGUCCAUGUCCCCCUUGUCCUAUUAUUGAUCUUCCUCCCCCACCUUUGGUCAGUGGGGUAUAAGGGAGGUUGAAGCGUUAAGAAUCUUUAUUAAAGUAGGCUUUGGAAAACCUAAGCCUAUACCUAUCACUAGGUGACAUCUAUGUAUUUUCUGUUUUUUUAAUUGUUUUGGAAUUAUACAAGUAACAGGAUUUAUGUUGAAUGAAAGCCAUUUCCAGCACUAGGAGGUGUACAUAAAACCCAGCCUCACCUGAGCCACUGCCCUGACAGAGCCUACUGCUUUUCCUAAAAACAGAAUUGAUAUGCAUUCUUCCUGACUCUUCCCUGCAUAUUUCAUAAAUAGUGAUUGUGUGUGUUCUUAGACAUGUGAUCAUAUUUGUAUUGGUCUUGCUUUUUCUCACUUAAUAAAAAAUUCACCCUAAUCCUUA